UCUUUAGCUCAUCAUUUUGCUAUUGCAAACAUGUGUGUCAUCAGGUUGCUUGCUUUCUUCCUUCUCUUCUCUUCCUCAAAAGCUUUUAACAUCACCAAAAUACUUUCCCUACAACCAGAUUUUAGCACUUUCAAUAACUAUUUGACACAAGCCCUACUAGCCAGUGAGAUCAAUAACCGGCAAACCAUUACUGUCCUCGUUGUUGAGAAUUCAGCAAUGUCAGCCUUAUCUGGAAAAUCCAAUGACAUUAUCAAAAAGGUCUUGAGCUUACAUGUUGUGCUUGAUUACUAUGAUGUCCAAAAGCUCCAACAUUUACCAAACAAAACUUCCAUGCUUACCACAUUGUUCCAGUCCAGUGGCCAAGCUAAAGGCCUACUAGGUUUCUUGAAUGUCACGGCAGCAAACACAGGUGGUGUAUCAAUAGCUUCUGCUGCUGGAUCAGGUGUUGGUGCUUCUUUAGUUAAAGCUGUAGUGUCUCAACCUUAUAAUAUCUCAGUGGUGCAAAUUAGUACUGUCAUAAUGCCUUCAGCCAUUAUUGGCCCGACUCCACCUUCUUCAUCACCUUCUCCUACGCCACGUGUAAGUCCGGCACAGCCUCCCUCUAGUAAGCCACCUGCUGCAGCGUCUCCAACGACAGGUACUGCUCCCGCUCCCUCUAAUGGAACGACAGGUACUGCUCCCACUCCUUCAACGACAGGUACUGCUCCCGCUCCUUCCAAUGCAACGACAGCUCCCUCUCCUUCCAAUGCAAUGACGCCUUCUGCAAAUGCCUCAGCAGAUAGUAAUGCGCCUGCCGCUAAUUCGCCAGUCGGUACCCCUCCACCAGGUGCGGCAAAUGGACCUACUGCCGAUGGUCCUCCAUCCGACACAGCGGAUGCACCUAAUGGGAACACAGCUACUAAGUCUGGGAGGAUCAGUUUUGCAGUUGUUGUUAUGACAAUUUCGUUUCCCACUUUGCUUGUGGGUUCAUUAAUGUGAUAGAAAUAAAGGAUUAGGUUGAAUAAAAAAUCCUAUAUGUCACUGGGUAUUCCACUUUAUACUCUACUAAUCCUAGCCUAUUACACCUCUUAUAAAGAAACUAAAGUUCAAAAUAGAAAAAAUUCAUACACCUAGCAUAUUGCAGUUGGUAGAACAUAAAGUGGAAUACUAAAAAUGGGGGAAAUGAUUUUUAUUCAGUGUAGAUUCUAACAUAAGUGCAAGAGAGUUAAGGCAGAUAAUUAUGCAAGUGGAUAAUUUUUAUUAUUUUAUUUUUGGGUGCAAGUACAAAACACUCUUGCAGCAAAUUUUUUCUGGUUUGAAUUCACUGCUGUAG